AUGGCGUCUGCAUAUAAUUUGUACAGUUUACUCGUAUCCUACACCAAGACCCAAGUAUGCAUAGCAGCCUGUGAGAUGAAUUUAUUUGAUAUACUUCAAGAUGGACCCAAGACUGUCGGCGAGAUAUCGGAAAUAGUAGACGCAGAUACAGAUCGCACAGAACAUAUUCUCAAUGCGUGUGUUGGAAUGGAACUAUUGGAGAAAAUACAAGACACCGAUGGUGAAGGCUGCCUAUUCCGCAACACGCCUGAUUCGAAUAAACAUCUGACUUCAUCAAGCCCGUUAUCAAUGCGUCCUCUGUUUGUGGGAAUGGGUCGAACGGACUAUCAUUUGGUUGGCAACCUGUUUCAUGCAGUGAAGGAGGGCAACUCGCAAAUACCACGUACGUUUGGCAAACGAAAUUACUUCGAUGACCUUUAUCGCGAUUCCAACGAAAUGAAAGGAUUCAUGUCAGAAAUGCAUUCUUAUUCGUCUGUGUUUAUGCGUGAGUUGGUAUCCCUUUUUGAUUUGUCGCCUUAUACGAAGGUUUGUGAUCUUGGUGGUUGUACUGGUGCCUUGGGUUACGCCCUCACAGCCAACUAUUCAAAGAUGACGCUGACCGUACUAGAUCUCCCGGAUGUCAUCGCGCUAGCCGACCAGUUCAAGUCAAUCGAUCCAAAGUCGGAAAAAGUAACAUUUAUAGCUUCUGAUUUCUUUGAAGAUCCGUUGCCGCAAAGCGAUUUGUUCGUAUUAAGCAAUAUUAUACAUGACUGGUCGGAAGAUCGCAUAGCGUUAUUAUUAACGAAGGCAUACAACGCAUUGGACACUGGCGGCGCAAUAUUUAUCAUUGAAGCCUUGUACGAUGACGAUAAAACUGGGCCUGUGACAACUGCUGCUAUCUGCAUGAUGAUGAUGGCGUGGUUCGAAGGAGGUAAGCAAAGAAGUGCUUACGAAAUGACUCAACUUCUGGAAAAACAUGGAUUUGGUGACGUGGAAGUGAAAAGAAGCGGUUCUGUCUUCGAUGCAAUCUUGGCAAAGAAAAUGUGA